AUGGCUGACUUGAUUUUAUUGAAAAAUGCUACCAAGCGUUUUCUCACUAGAAUAAAUAUUGGUGCUGUUUUAGACACAAAAUGAGCACACACGAAGAACACGCAUUUCAGUCAGGAAGGACCUUGCCGGCAUUUGUCUCUUCGAAUUCUUCAUAAAGAUCUCAAUUCCAUUGCUUUCUUUAUUCAUGCAGGUGAGCAAACAGCAACAGUGGUGUUUGACGGCUAUGGCAGUGAACCCUCAACCAAGAGUAUGACCCACCAGAGGCGCUCAGCAGGAAAAGGGAGUGCAACCGUAACCCUCCAAGAUGGGAUGAAAGUGACGGCUAAGAGAGAUGCAUUCCUUGCCAACACAGAGAAAAAGAAGCGGUUCAUUGCCAUGUUACAGCGCUAUUUAUCAGAAAGUGGCUGUCGCACGUUGCAAGCUGAGGGUGAUGCAGAUGUUCUUAUCGUCAAAACAGCUGUCGACUCUGCCGUAACGCAUCCCACAGUGCUCGUAGGAGAUGAUACCGAUCUGUUAGUGUUACUCUGCUAUCACACGAAAGCAGAUGGCAAUGACUUGUACUUUCGGCCAGAACCAAAAGCCAACUCUAGCUUCAGAGAGAUAAGAGUUUGGAACAUUCUGAAAGUGAAGGCGGAGUUUGGCCAAGCAGUUUGUUGUUUCUGCAUGCCAUUCUUGGUUGUGAUACGUCUCGCCCUUACGGUACUGGAAAACCCGCGUCCCUUAAAAAAU